AAAAAUACGAUUUGCCCUUCGGUCUCACUUAGCGAAGCCCCUGAGAGGACUACCCUUCGCAAACUCUUCUCACUUCUCCUUCUCCGCCGAUCUCACCGCUCCGGCACUCUUGCGCUCGUCUUUCGCAGCAUCGUUCAUUGCUCGAAUUCAAGCUUUGAUCUUGGCCUUGGAUUGGCGUGUUUUGGACUAGCAAAUAUUCUGAGAGUAAUGGCUGAGCACAAGGAGCCAGUAAAUGAGCAAGCAGUUGCAAAUGCCUAUGCAUCUAUGAGAUCUGAACUAAAUCAGAUUUACUCAAAGAUUACUGAGUUGGAGAUGGAAGUGAGUGAGCAUUCCCUGGUCAUUAAUGCUAUUCAGCCGCUUGACCCAACUAGACGGUGCUACCGGAUGAUCGGUGGUGUGCUAGUGGAGAGAACCAUCAAAGAGGUCCUUCCAGCCGUGCAACGCAAUAAAGAUGGGCUUGAGGAGGUAAUUGCUCGGCUUAAUGAGGCUCUGGAAAAGAAGAAAAAGGAAAUUGCGGAGUUUGAAGCUAAAUAUAAAAUUAGAAUAAAGAAGCCUGAUAGUGAGGUAAAAGAUGAAAGUGGCAAGAAAGAAGGAUCUGCUCAGGGGGUUCUUGUUGGUCCUGCAAGUUCUGCAGGCUCGAGUGAGUAAUAGGUCCUCUUCCUUGUACUUCUCUUACCCCUUACAUAUUCUAAAAAUAUGCUGGAUAAAUUUUUUCUUGUUAAAUUGGGUUUUAGAGAAUCGGAAUGCUUUGAUCUUUGUAACAAUAUUGAUGAAUAGCGGAUUUCCCCUUUCAGUUGUAACUUAAAAGAACCAGUGUGUUUGGGAUACUUUGGAUUUGCAGCAUGCCAAGAUAUUUAUGUUUUAGUGUUUUGAGUGACUGUUGCAAAUGUGUUUUGAGGUCAGCAUGCUGGGGGCUCUACAUCUUAAUC